AUGGAGGAUUACCACAAGCCCGACCAGCAGGCGCUGCAGGCCCUGAAGGACACGGCGAACCGGCUCCGCAUCAGCUCCAUCAAGGCGACCACUGCGGCCGGCUCUGGCCACCCUACAUCAUGUUGCAGUGCUGCAGAAAUUAUGUCUGUGCUGUUUUUCCAUACCAUGAGGUACAAGCCACAGGACCCCAGAAAUGUUAACAAUGACCGAUUUGUUCUUUCUAAGGGUCAUGCAGCACCAAUCUUGUAUGCUGUUUGGGCAGAAGCAGGUUUCCUCCAUGAAUCAGAAUUGUUAAACCUGAGAAAAAUUGAUUCCAUUUUGGAAGGACACCCAGUGCCAAAACAAGCAUUCACUGAUGUAGCAACUGGAUCACUUGGUCAAGGGUUGGGUGCUGCCUGUGGUAUGGCCUAUACUGGGAAAUACUUUGACAAAGCCAGCUACCGAGUUUAUUGCAUUCUGGGGGAUGGAGAACUGUCUGAAGGCUCUGUUUGGGAGGCGAUGGCAUUUGCGGGGUUCUACAAACUGGAUAAUUUGAUUGCUAUUCUGGACAUUAACCGACUGGGACAAAGUGAUCCUGCUCCUCUGCAGCAUCAUGUUGAAAUCUACCAAAAACGUUGUGAAGCCUUUGGCUGGCACGCUAUCAUUGUUGAUGGGCACAGCGUGGAGGAGCUUUGUAAAGCUUUUGGCCAGGCCAAACAUCAACCAACUGCAAUUAUUGCCAAGACUUACAAAGGCAAAGGAAUAACAGGCAUUGAAGAUAAGGAAAACUGGCACGGCAAGCCUCUUCCCAAAAACAUGGCUGAGCAAGUCAUUCAGGAGAUUGACGACAGGAUCCAGAACAAAAAGAAGCUUUCUCCAGCUUACCCACAAGAGGAUGCACCAAUUGUUAACAUCAGAAAUAUUAGGAUGCCCUCCCCACCCAAUUACAAGAUGGGAGAGAAGAUAGCUACUCGCAAAGCUUAUGGCCUGGCUCUUGCAAAACUAGGCCAUGCAUCUGACCGGGUGGUUGCUUUGGAUGGGGAUACAAAAAAUUCCACUUUCUCUGAGCUGUUCAAAAAGGAACACCCCAGCCGAUUUAUUGAGUGUUACAUUGCUGAACAGAACAUGGUGAGCGUUGCCGUUGGUUGCGCUACUCGUGACAGAAACGUUGUCUUUGCUAGCACCUUUGCCACAUUUUUCACUAGGGCCUUUGAUCAGAUCCGCAUGGCAGCCAUUUCUGAGAGCAACAUCAAUCUCUGUGGAUCUCACUGUGGUGUUUCCAUUGGUGAGGAUGGACCUUCACAGAUGGCUCUGGAAGAUCUGGGCAUGUUUCGUACCGUUCCUAAUUCAACGGUCUUCUACCCUAGUGAUGCUGUAUCUACCGAAAAGGCAGUUGAACUGGCUGCAAAUACUAAGGGCAUAUGUUUCAUAAGGACCAGUCGUCCAGAAAAUGCAGUGAUUUACAGCAGCAAUGAGGACUUUCAUGUUGGACAAGCCAAGGUAGUAUUCAAGAGCAAGGAUGAUCAGGUUACAGUGAUCGGAGCAGGAGUGACUCUGCACGAGGCGCUUGCUGCAGCUGAACAACUGAAGAAGGAGCGAAUUUCCAUCAGAGUAGUUGACCCAUUCACUAUAAAACCUUUGGAUAAAAAAACCAUACUUGAAAAUGCAAGAGCAACCAAAGGCAGAAUUAUCACUGUGGAAGACCAUUAUUAUGAAGGUGGCAUUGGAGAUGCCGUCUGUGCCGCUGUAGUUGGAGAACCUGGGAUCACCGUCAGUCGCUUGGCAGUGUCCCACAUACCAAGAAGCGGAAAGCCAGCUGAGCUGCUCAGGAUGUUUGGCAUCGAUAAGGAGGCCAUUAUUCAGGCUGUGAAGAUGGCAGUGUCCAAAUCAAGAAAUGCGGAGUAGUUUCAAUUGUAGGCCCGCCAUGCUAUGCUGGAGCAGUGUUUGGGGUGGGGCAGAAGUACUGCUAAGUUUCAAACACAUGUUUAAAAUGAUAAUGCAGAGUUUUAAUGACAGAGAAUUUGAAUAAAAAAUUAAAGUUUCGGGAGACAAAUAGUGCUUGCUCAUUUUGCUAGCUGUUUUGGACUGGAGUGGAGGGAUAUUUAGAAAGCUACACGCUUACACUGAC